AUGGCAUCGGCACUGAGAUCGGCCAUUUUUCGGCACAUUCGAGUUCCAGUUUCUGUUCCACGAACGCUGGCCCUUAAUGGGUUUAAGCUCGGCGGCGUUCGAUUAAUGUCGUCCGGCCACGAUCACCUUGAGAAAGAAGAAGUCAUCGCAAGAGUCCUCGACGUUGUGAAGAGCUUCCCGAAAGUUGACCCUUCUAAGGUGACUCCUGAUGCUCAUUUUCAGAAGGACUUGGGCUUAGAUAGUUUAGAUACGGUGGAAAUUGUGAUGGCCCUGGAGGAAGAAUUCAAGCUUGAGAUCCCAGACAAGGAAGCUGAUAAAAUCGAUUCCUGCCCUCUAGCGAUUGAAUAUGUUUCAAACCAUCCAAUGGCUGUAUACCCUCGUCAAUGCUGCAAGAUAUUUGGCGGGUCCACUUUGGUAUCAGAGUAUAAGCAUCCUUCAAUCAAUAUACAUUUUCAUGUCCGCGGUUGGUGUUCCUCGUCUCAAUCUUGUGCCAGACAAGCAUUGUUGCUCGAGUUGUUGAGCCAAAUUGUUGGCCAAGCUAAUGGGAGUAGCGAGACAACAGGAGAAGAUGUACCUCUAAAGAUUUAUCAGAAUUUGAGCGGAAGUAGAUACUUAAUUGUGAUUGAUGAUAUAUGGAAUGUCCAGUUAUGGAAUGAGUUGAAGGAAACUUUUCCUGAUGAUCACAAUGGGAGUAGGAUUUUAUUCACUACUCGAAAUCGUGCUGUGGCCUUGAAAAUCAAUAGCAUUGCUUACUCACUACCGCUUGCUUUCCCAUAA